AUGAAGCUGCAGCUGCCGAGCCCGAUGCAGUCGUGGAAGUCGGCCCGAUUCAACCUGUCCAGCAUCUUCGGCAUGCCUGCUCGCUCAUCCAUCGACGUGGGUUGGCCUCGAGAAAUGGCCAUGUCCUGUGCCAAACACGCCCAAUCGGUACAUUGCGCAUGCGAGGCGCGAGCCCUGUGCGAAUGGACCCCGGAGUCACCGAUUGUCCAUGGCCGAGCCUUUGUUGAGGAGGCUCCUCGUCACCCAGGCCGUCUCUAUCGCGGUGGGUCCGAAAAUAUCAAUGUCCCGAAGCAGCAAGUCCUCCGGGGCGGCUGUUGA